ACUCACCCUUAGUCCUCACCAACCCUACGGCCAAUCAAAAUAUUUCCUAUCAGUCAUUGACCUUACCAACCAAAUCCACCCCCGUUUAGUUUCCCUUAUUUUUAUAACGUUUUUUUGUUCAAAACCCAACAUAAAGAGCCUGUGGAAAGUGGCAACCACAGGACAACUACUGUAAACUUUGAGUUUAGUUUGAUCAGCAAAUCUCUGCUCUUCUUCCUCAAACAAUCAAAAAAGAAGGGGAAAAAUGGGUGGAGGAGGAAAGGUCUAUACUUUGGCAGAGGUUUCUCAACACAACAAUGCUAAAGACUGUUGGCUUGUCAUUGAGGGCAAGGUAUACAAUGUGACUAAAUUCUUGGAGGACCAUCCUGGUGGUGAUGAGGUCUUGUUGUCUGCCACAGGGAAGGAUGCAACUGAUGAUUUUGAGGAUGUUGGUCAUAGUACCAGUGCUAGAGCAAUGAUGGAUGAGUUUUAUGUGGGUGACAUCAAUACAUCAACCAUCCCCACCAAGACAAAGUACACUCCUCCCAAGCAGCCUCACUAUGACCAGGACAAGACCUCAGAAUUUGUCAUAAAGCUUCUCCAAUUCCUUGUUCCCCUGCUAAUCUUGGGAUUGGCCUUUGGCAUCCGCUUCUAUACCAAAUCAUCAGCUUAAGCAUCGAGACCACGAGAGGAAGUCAGAAAAAUCUUCCCAAUAAGAUUAUGUUGUUUAAACUGUUUGGAAGUGUCACAAAUUGUGGGAUGGUUGGAUAUUUGCUUCUGAUGAACAUGUGCUUGCUUUCUACAUCGACCAGUUCCAGUGUUUUCUUUUUCCCUCCACAUGCAGUUGGAAAAACUACCUUUUCUUGCUCAUUUGGUAAUCUUAAAACUUGUCUCUUCGAAAGCAGCCUUGUUCAGCACGUCAGUCCAUUGAUUUAUGAGCUAAAUUCAGGUUAAAUGCUAGUUGUGGGCAUAAUUAUCAUAUGGUCUUCAUGGACGUCUAAAAUAAUACUAGCUCCCUCCAAAAGUAUCCAAAUUAAACGAUAGCAUAUAAAUUUAUGUCUUAUAUAGAUCAGAUUCCUUUUUAGUUGUUUCAUUUUUAUUUUU